UGUGGGUUGUGCAUGGGGUAAAACCAUGCGCCAUUUGUCUCUUUAAUCUAAUUGGUUGAUUGAUGAGUCCAUGUUGUUCAGCUGGAAGCCAAAACGUGUAUAGGGCCUUUCCUCUGAGUCUAUUAUGGUCAUAUCUCCUUCCUGCCUUCGCUCUGUUACAUCUCAAAUCCUAUUUGCCGUCCUACCUGCCCGAUGGCAGAGAUUUAGCGCAUUUAACUUAGGUACCAAGUUUAUUUCAUCGUUUACAAUCGAGCCCCACUUUGACGCAUUGAUCGCUGCUUUGGAUCGCUCCAAACUCUUCGUGCCAUUUGACGCGCUUUUUAUUUUAAUAUAGGAAGGACCCAUUUUAAACUCUUUCACAGACCACAUGUGAACGCGACCCGCGCAGACAUCGACACACUACGGUUUGUAUUCGUAAAGGACUCUCAAUGGUGAUGCGGAUUGAAGGAUGAUGGCAGACCCCCGAGCGCAAGAGACGGUGCCGCUGCACUACAAGGAGUCGCCUUUCUCCAUCAAGAACCUCCUCAACAUCGACAACAAGCCCGCCAAGCCCAGGACGUUCCCGCCACCCUCCAGGGGACUAUUCGAAGGGAGUAUCUUCUCCCGGAUCGGAGACCUAACUUUUCCCCGGUUUGAGUUCCCGUCUCAGCGGGUCGGACUAGCAGCCUCGACCUGGUGGAACCCCUACACCCUGGGCGCCAUGGGCCACCUCAGAACCUCAGUAGGCCUCUCAGAGAGAUGCGGUGUUCGAGACUCGCCGCCGGCCAGGGAGCGACACUCCACGGCUAUCCUCCUCCACAAAAGUGAACCUGAUCUCAAAGAGGAAGAGGACGACAAAAGCACCACAGAAGACAUUGUCCUGGAGGAGAGCGAGACCGAAGACCCCAAACACGACGGCACGCGGGGGGACGACUGGAAGAACCUAGACGAUGCCUCGGACAAGAAAGCUUGCCGGAAGAAGAAAACGCGCACCGUGUUCUCCAGGAGCCAGGUGUUCCAGCUGGAGUCCACCUUUGACCUGAAGCGCUACCUGAGCAGCUCCGAGCGGGCCGGAUUGGCGGCCUCGCUGCACCUCACAGAGACCCAGGUGAAGAUCUGGUUCCAGAACCGGAGGAACAAGUGGAAGAGGCAGCUGGCGGCCGAGCUGGAGGCAGUCAGUCUGAGCCACGCCACGGCCCAGAGGAUCGUGCGUGUGCCCAUCUUGUACCACGACAACGGAGGCUCCGAGACUGGGAGCUCCGCAGGAAACUCCCCGAGCGGCCAGUCGCUCCUGUCGUUUCCGCACCCGAUGUACUAUUCCCACCCCAUCGUGACGUCCGGCCCCUUGCUCAGGCCCGUCUAGGUCCCGGUGGUUGUUUGUCGCAGUUCUUUUCUUUUUGGAAAUUCAUAGAAACUUGCAGAGAAUUAUUUGGUAUUAUUUGUGGAUUUCAUGAAUAUACAUUAUUAUUAUUAUUAUUAUCAUUAUUAUUAUUAUUAUUAUUAUUAUUAUUAUUAUUAUUAUUAUUAUUAUUAUUAUUAUUAUUAUUCCUAUACUAUUAUUAUAUUGUGACUUAAAGCCCUAUGUUCAAACUGAAUGUAAAAUUGAUAUUAUAAGGAAAUGCUUUGUAAGAUAAUGCUACAUUUCAGUGUGCCUAAUCUUAUUUGAAGCAGAAGAUAAUGUUGUUUUACAUAGAGUUCCAUGUUAAUAUGUAUUUUAUAGAAAAAAAUGUGUGUCAGUGUUUGGACAGAAAUGUGGAUAUAUUUGAUACUUUACAAUAUUGUGCAAUAUUGUUCGCUUAUUGCGCGCAUAAUUCCAUUCUCUCACUCAAAUCUCUCUCUCUCACACACACACACACACACACACACACACACACACACACACACACACACACACACACACACACACACACACACACACACACACACACACACACACACACGGACAAUCAUUUUCAUUACGUUCCAAAAAGCUGCAGGUAUAAGCCCUAUCGCCUAAUAGGCCAUUAAUUUUGAAAGAAAUGUUACUGUAAUUUAUAGCGUACUUUAAGCCAUGAAAAAGCCAAAUAUCAACCACUGUUUGUAUGAGUUAUUCAUGAACAUUGUAUACUUGUAUUGUAGAAAUGCUCGCACUUGUUAAAUAUGGUUCUUUAUUUACAGAAAAUGUUGGGAUUUAUAUAAAAUGAAGGCUUUUCGUCA